AUGACCUUAACGAAAGAGAGCUUCCAUGGGGCUCUCCUGCCCACCUCUGGAGUGGGCAAGGCUGACAUGGAUGGCAUCAGAGAGAAGGAGGAAGCUCUGAGGCAGUCAGUGAUGAGGACUGGAGCAGCGGUGCCAAGGAGGCGAGCAGUGGGAAGGCUGGUCAUGCACAGCAUGGCAAUGUUCGGCCGGGAGUUCUGCUAUGCCGUGGAGGCCGCCUUUGUCACACCAGUGCUGCUCAGUGUAGGGCUGCCCAAGAACCUCUACAGCCUCGUGUGGCUCAUCAGCCCUGUCCUGGGCUUCUUGCUGCAGCCCGUGGUAGGUUCAGCCAGUGAUCACUGCACCUGUAGCUGGGGCAGGAGGCGACCUUACAUUCUGGGUCUGGGCAUCAUAAUGCUGUUAGGCAUGGCUUUGUACCUCAAUGGGGACGUGAUGAUCUCAGCUUUCAUCGAUGAGAGAGACAAGCAGCGGACGUGGGCAAUAGUCAUUACCAUGCUGGGAGUAGUACUUUUUGAUUUUGCAGCUGAUUUUAUUGAUGGUCCCAUCAAAGCAUAUUUAUUUGAUGUCUGCUCUCAUCAGGAUAAAGAGAAGGGUCUGCAUUACCACGCCCUCUUUACAGGUUUGGGAGGAGCCCUGGGUUACCUUACAGGUGCUAUGGAUUGGGGUCAAACUAUACUAGGAUAUACCUUGGCAUCAGAAUUCCAGGUGAUUUUCUUCUUCGCAGCCUUGGUUUUCAUAAUCUGCCUUACCAUACAUCUGUGCAGUAUUCCCGAAGUCCCACUGAGAUAUGAAAAUGAAGAGGCAAAGUUCUUGUUGGAAGUGACUGAACACCAUAAAUACAGCUCCAUAGAGGAGGAAAUUAAGAAUGGUCACUUAAAAUCAACAUGUACUGAAAUAAAGGCUGCAGCCAAGCCAGGGAAAUGCAUGGUUGCAUCACGCACAGAGGAAAAAAGGCAGAUGACCCUUAAAUACCUCUUGAAGACACUUUUAAGCAUGCCAUCCCACUAUCGUUGUCUCUGUGUGAGCCAUCUCUUUGGAUGGAUGGCUUUCCUGUCCAACAUGCUUUUCUUCACGGAUUUCAUGGGACAGGUUGUGUACCACGGGAAUCCCUACGCACCUCACAAUUCCACUCUUUACCUUACCUACAAAGCAGGAGUGGAGAUGGGAUGCUGGGGACUGUGCAUCAAUGCAAUUUCUUCAUCAGUCUAUUCUUACUUGCAGAAAGUCCUUCUGCCAUACAUAGGAUUAAAGGGACUUUAUUUCAUUGGAUACCUACUUUUUGGACUGGGUACUGGAUUAAUUGGUUUGUUUCCCAAUGUCUAUUCCACUCUGGCUCUUUGUUCACUCUUCGGAGUCAUGUCCAGCACACUGUACACAGUGCCAUUCCACCUCAUUGCAGAAUACCACAGGGAAGAAGAGAGCCUGAAGCUGCAGGAAGGGGAACAAGCAGGGAAGCAGGGGCGAGGGAAGGGCAUCGACUGUGCUGCACUGACCUGCAUGGUCCAGCUGGCCCAGAUCAUUCUCGGCGUGGGCCUGGGGCUCCUGGUUAGCAUUGCUGGCAGCGCCGUCACCGUGAUUUCGGCAUCCACGGUGGCGCUGGUCGGCUGCUGCUUCGUGGCUUUCUGCAUUCGGUACGUGGACUAGGACUGCAAGAAGCAGUCGGAAGGGAUCUCCCCAGGGGAGCAUUUUCUUUCUGGGUCAGUAGCACUGGUGCUGUUGCUGUGCUGACGCUGCUGGCAUGUGAUUCUCUCUUACCUCCUUGGAUCGGUUGCAAUUCCAGUGUUUUAUGAAAUGGAGACUUGAUAAAACUGGUUGCCUUAUGCCUCAAACACAUACACACACACACACACACACUCUCUCUCUCCCCCCACAGUGUGUUCACGUGCUGUGACAUGUGAUGGUGUGUGUGGCCACGGUAUUUUGAUGCUCUAC